GCCCUCUGGUCAGCUGAGCUGGAUGAGAGAUAUAAAACCUCCUCAGAAGUUCAGUCAGCUGCAGUUUAAUGUGUCUGUAUGUAUGUGUGUCAGAUUAAUAAUAACUUAUUUAUGAGAAACCGUCUUAAGUAAAUAAUUUUGCACUAAAUAAUAUUUAAGGUAUCUUUGCUAAAACCAGAGGAAAACAGCCCACUCCUGCCUGGAGAGAUCAAGUCUGUCACCAUGGUCGCCACAAGCACUUUAAAAACCAAGAGCAGCGAAUGCAUCUCAGAUCUGUUUGACCGAAGAUAUGACCAGGCUUGCAUUGAGAAAGAACUGGAUUUCUGGGAUCACUGCUUGGCCGAACCCCAGAGGAACACGGAUGCCACUGAAGACCGAACUUGUCAACAGCUGGCCAAAAUGUUCGAAAACUGCCUGUCACGAGCCAAAAAGACGACGCUGCACUGCUCCUCUGUGCUGGUACCAGAGAAGCUCACACGUAGAAUAGCUCGCGAGGUCCUGCGGCUGGCGUCCUGCGAGCCCUGCGGCCUGCGCGGCUGCGUCCUCUACGUCCACCUGGAGCUGGAAAAGGGCUGCAAGCGGCUGGAGCGCAUCGUGUACGACGCGACCGUGGUGCCCACGUUUGAGCUGACUCUCGUGUUCAAGCAGGACGGCACCGCCUGGCCCAGCCUGCGGGACUUCCUUUUUAUGGGGACCUGCUUCGCCCCGACUUUCAGGCACGUACUUAAACUGAGUCCAGGUUUCCGACUUGUGAAGAAAAAACUGUACUCCUCCUCGGCUGGCACCGUGGUAGAGGAGUGCUGAACUAUGGGAGGGAUUAGAGCGGGAUAUCGGGUUUCCAGUGGGUAAAAGCACUUCUGCCCAAAUGUAAAUGACACUCUGGUGGUGUCAUAUUUUCUACAGUGUUUUUGUACAAUACAGUUUGUCAGUUCAACUAUUAGUAGCCAGUUUGGAACUUGGGAUGUAAAGUUAAAAGCUUGAUAGUUCUGGUUUUGGCUUCAGUGUUUCUAAGUGCAUUUUUUUUUUUAUCAGCACAAUUGUAAUAUCCUGAAUGUUUUUUCUUUUCUAAUUGGAGCAUUUGUUGCUCAAACACAAUUUUAAACUGUACAUUUUGCAGAUGAAUGUAAAACCAUGUUCACGUCAACAUGUUUGAGAGGGACAUACUGUGGGUACACUUUAGUUAAAAAGACACUAGCCACUUUGUUGAUGCGUCUGUGUUUCCAUAUCCAUUGAAUGUGUUCAGCAGCAGUAAACACACCUGGGCUUGAAUAGGAGACUGAAAUGUAGUCUUUGGGGGCCAUAUGUAGCUUGUUGUGUAAUGCUGUAUUUAGAGCUGCGGAUGAAGACUGAAUAUCUUGUGAAGAUGCUGCUGUCAUGGUGUGGGCUUCUCACACUAUAGGGGAAUGUGGAUGCCUUAAAUGUCCUAGAAAUGUACUUUUUUUUUUUCACUCUGAGCUGUUUGAUGUAAACGUUUUAUGCAUUUAUUUUUUUUACACCCCCUCCCCCAGACGCAUCUUUUCAAUGCAGAGCCUUUAUAGACUAUUAAAAGGAUGGUUGACCCAAAUGUAAACACUUAUUUGAUUUUAUGUAAUUUUGUUAACUCGGGACGUGCAAAGAAAUUACUGAAGGUCCAGCUAGCAAUUCAAGGUUUUUGGUGAAUUCCCUACAGUUUUUUGUUCUUUUUUAAAAUGCCAUUUGAACAAAACUACGUCUUGUCUAUUGGACAAUAAAAAAUUGAAACCUUA